CUGUAUCCUGAGGGUCUUGGAGCGAGUGGUACAGGCAUACGCUCUGUGCUCUGUCAGCCCAUUGUUGACCCCAGCGGUAACCUACUGGCAGUUAUCGAACUCUACCGCAACACCAGCGCCCCCUGCUUUCAGGAGCUGGACCAGGAGAUGUAUCACACAAUGACAAAGCAGCGAAAGUUGAACGACUUCUUACUGACUGUUACAAAGUCGAUAUUUCAGGACAUUGUCAGCAUGGACACCGUUAUAAUGAAGAUCAUGAACUUUGCUCAAAAGCUUGUGUCAGCCGACCGGGCGUCUCUCUUCCUGGUCGAUAACAGGACAAACGAACUGUAUGCACGAAUAUUCGACAUUGGCAAUGGCGUCGGGGCAGACGCGCUCACAACCGAUCAGAAAGAGAUCAGAUUCCCUUUGGAUAAGGGAGUGGCAGGGUACGUGGCAUCAACCGGUAAUACGCUUAAUAUCAAGGACGCCUAUCAAGACGAUCGCUUCAACAGGGAUGUCGACACACAGACUGGCUACAGAACAAAGACACUUCUGUGUAUGCCUAUAUACAUCCGUGGCAGUUUACUAGAGAACGAAUUAUUUAAAGUGGCUGACAUCGGUGCGGUGUUGCAUUAUCGGCCACCAGAUGGCGCUAACGGCGGCGUGGAAUCCACCGGCGCCACCUGGUGGCCGGGCAACGACUCGCCACCGAAUUCAUUUGCUUGCCCGGCACGCAUGGUGCUGGCCAACAUCAAGCAUUGCAUUCUGGCAACAGACUUGGCUUUGUUCUUCCCCAACAAGGCCAAACUGAAGGGCCUUGUGGAUGAGGAAGUGCUGGCCGUUAUCAAGUCGUGUAUACUAGCCACAGAUCUGAGCCUCUACUUCCCUAACAAGGCGAAAUUGAAGGCUCUAGUUGAUGGUGAUGCGUUUAGCUGGGGCAGAAGAGAUCACAGCCUUCUUGAGGUCAAGCUGUGCCACGACCUCGAUCACCGCGGCAAGAACAACGCCUUCAUGGUGAAGAGCGCCUCGCCUCUAGCCGCCAUCUACUCCACAUCGACGAUGGAACACCACCACUUCAACCAGACCGUGUCCUCUCACUGGAGAAGAGUAACGGAUCCAAGUAUUUGCGCUUAUCUACAGCCUCGGACGACUACAAGACCGGAGCUGCUUCAAGCCAUCAUCAUGACCGGCUGCGACCUAUCGGCCAGCAUCAAGCCGUGGGAUAUCCAGGUGAAGACGGUCAAGGUCAUCUUUGAGGAAUUCUACGAGCAGGGUGAUGAGGAGAAGACGCAGGGAAGACAGCCUAUACCGAUGAUGGAUCGAGACCGAGCUCACGAGCUUCCCGGCUGUCAGGUCGGCUUUUUAACGGGCAUUUGCAUGCCCUGUUAUGAUCUGAUGCAAAUAUUGGUUCCCGGCACGAAACCGAUGAUGGACGGAGCAGUCAACAACCUGCAGCACUGGAAGCGGCUGGCGGAUGAGCAGGUGACCAAGGAGGCAGAGCGUAAGCAGCGAGAGGCGCAGGAAGAGAGGAGCCAACAGGAGCAGCUACGGUUAGACGCCGACCACGACAAGAAAGACAGCGAGAGAGAAACAGAGAAACCGCCAGACGACUCCAGCGAUGUUUCUACACCGAAAGAAGAAGAUGACGGAGGAGGAGAAAAAGAAAAAGGUGGAGGAGGCGAAGGAGGAGGGGGUGACGGAGGC